GACAUGGGUCCCAUCGUAAGAGUGCCCCAAUACGGCAUCUCCAAGUCUCGCGAUGCACUGGAACACACCCCUACCCCAAAAUCUACGUCACCAACUCCAAUAGCUAGCGACUCUCUCUCUCUCUCUCUCUCUAAAUUCUAUACUCAGAAAAAAAAAAAAAUACCUCUUCAACCCUUCAAAGUCCAAACCUUUCUCCCGUUUUCUUUCUCUCUCUGUUCAGCGUUAGAUAAGAAGAGUAUCAACACUUUCUCUCUCUCUCUCUAUAGCUCUGUCUCUUUGUUCAACCAUGAAGAAGCUCUACCAUAAAGCGACGGUUCAUCCGUCACCGCCGGUCAUCUCCGACCAGCUGUCCUUCCUUCCGGCCACCAUCCUCACCCUAGCGGCGGCGCUCUCGCCGGAGGACAGGGAAGUCUUGGCCUAUCUCAUAUUUUGCUCUUCCGCCGCCACCCCUCCUGCUUUCGCCAACUUUUCCGGCAACUCACGGAGGGGCGCCAACAAGAGCGCCGUCGCUAAGGGUUCCGUGGACGGCGAUCACUCCCCUCUGUUCAACUGCAGCUGCUUCAAUUGCUACACGAGUUACUGGGUUAGGUGGGACGAGUCACCGAAUCGCCAGCUCAUACAUGAGAUCAUCGAUGCGUUCGAGGAUUGGUUGGCGCAGAGUAACAAAGGUGGGAAGAAGGGUAACGGAAAGAAAGAGAAGAGGAACAAGAAAGGGUCUAAUAAGAACUCGGGCGAGUUGAAGCGGGCUGAGUUAAUGAGUUCGGCGAGUAGCGAGUCAGAAUCGGUGGGGGAGAGUAGUACGAGUGACGGUGGCGGUGGCGGUGAAGGUGGUGGUGAUGGGGUUGUUGCUGAGGAAAAAGGGUCGGUGAGAAGGUUCAUGAGUUUCGUUGGAGAAAGGAUUUGGGGUGGUUGGGGACAGUGAAUGAAUUUGGAAGAAAAAAUAAAUAAGGUAAUUUAGUUAAAGAACAAGAAGAAAGGAAAGGAAAAGAAUAGGUAAGGUAGGUUUAUACUUCUUUCCUUUUUUUUUUUGUUGUACAUUAAUCAUUACCCUGCAAUGUUAAAAAAAUGGAGUGGAUGUUUGGUUUUAUGAACCAGGGGAUUGGUUUUGUUAUAUAUAAUCAAUCAAAUCAUAUAUAUCAAUCCACUUCUUUUUGUUUUGAAUCU